AUGAAAAUAAAUAAUAUCUUUACAACGCUUGUUUCGCUAAUUGGAAUUAUAAGAUUUUGUUUGAAUUUAUGUGCAGCCGCACUUGUACCCGAUUUAGUUGACUUUGACGGGCUUCAAUAUUUCAAAAAGAACAAUUUAACAAAUUCAAAGCUAGCAAAACCUGCGUUAGAUUUUAUAAGCUCAUCCACAAAGAGAGCAUUACAGAAUCAAAAUCCAUACUCUGUCACAAACUCAACUCGAUCUCCACCCAACGGUGAUAAACAUUACUAUUAUUCAUGGGCCGUAUACUCUUGGCCUGAUUGUAGUGGAGUGCCUAGUGAUUUAGCUAAAGAUCCAGAGCAUAACUGUCCGUACCGACGACGAGAUGGUCAGGACGCUCCCGAUCUAAAGUCUCUCUCAGAUUCGACAGAUUCUCCAUCUAUGAUCAAAGAUGUUUUCUCGUCAUCAAUUUCUUAUGCUUUAUAUGGUGAUGAAAAGUAUGCUGAAAAAGCUAUACAGUUGUUGCAAGUUUGGUUUUUGAAUAAAGAUACAGCAAUGGCACCGAAUGUUGAAUAUGGACAAGUUAUAAGGGGGCCAGGGAAUUGGACAGGGAGAUCUGAAGGAAUCUUGGAUAUGAGGAAUUACAUUUAUAUACCUCCAUCAAUACAAAUUCUAAAGAACUCGUCCUCAUGGAACUCUGAUAUGGACAAGGGUAUGAACGACUGGUUUACACAAUACACCGACUGGCUUCAGAAUUCCGAUUAUGGAAAAGAAGCAAGUGCAGCAGCCAAUAAUCAUGGCACAUAUUAUGUUGUCCAAUUGGCAACUUUUCUGGAUUAUAUUGGAAAAGACAAUGAAGCAAUUCAAGCAAUAAAACGGUUUGUUGAUGGACAAUUCAAAUCACAAAUUUCGAAAAAUGGGAAUCAGCCUUUGGAAAGUGGAAGAACUCGAUCAUGGCAUUACCAAUGCUUUAACUUGGUAGGGUUAACUUACAUAGCUCGAUUAUCACAACGUUUAAAAGGGCCAAACUUAUGGACCCAACAAACUUCAUCUGGUGCUACAAUAGAAGACGCAGUAAAUUACAUUGCAACCGAAUCAUUGCCCUCAAAUGAAAAUCGAUCAGAGUGUCUAACUCCAUUAUACGCAGCACGACAAUACUACGGAAAUUCAUUUUCCUCAGCACUCACGAAAUCUCUAGGAGAGAGUCAGGGUGAUGAUCAAUAUUGGUUACUUUGGAAUCCGAAGGCGUUGGUUGGUACCUCGUCGAGUUAA